UAUGUAUAUGUGUUUGUUGUUUCCUUUGGUCUGUAUGUGCGCAAGUUGUCAACUUGCUUCCAAAAGGACCAGACCAUGUCCGAGACUCCGAGCGAUGAGGUCACGCCGCCGGUCUUCUUCCCCAAGACGGUUCCCUUUGGACCUGCCAACAUCUCGCCAUCGACUCCGCUCUAAGCAUCUACCACCGUCCAACCAUGUCCCGCACCUUGGUCCUCAUCACUGGCGCCUCUAGAGGUUUCGGCGGCGCGCUGGCGCUACAGUUCGCAAAGUCGCCACUCGCCCGCUCGCAACCCACCGACUUUGUCAUCACCGCCCGCGAUGAACAAGGUCUCGCGGCGACAAAGAGCCUUAUCCUCGAACAGCAGCGAAGUUCUGAGGGAACAGCGAAGGCUGGAGAAGGAGGGGUCGCAUUGACGGCAAAGAGUAUCCUCACCGACUUUUCCAGACUCGACCUCGAAGCUGUCUCCGACGAGGUCCUGCGCGGACUGCCUCGCCCACCAACGGACUAUUCACAGGCAUAUCUCUUCAACAACGCCGGAUCCCUCGGCAAACUAGCCCGCUUCUCAACCCUAACAGCCGCAGACAUGACCUCAGCCCUCCACCUGAACGUAACAGCGCCCAUGGUGCUGACAGCAGCGUUCCUGCGUCAUUUCGCAUCAUCCGGCACCAAACUAUCCAUAAUCAACAUCUCAUCCCUAGCCGCUAUCCAAGCAUUCGAUUGCUGGUCGCUCUACUGUGUGGGGAAGGCCGCGCGGGAUAUGAUGCACUCAGCAAUCGCCACGGAACAACCGGAUGUGAGGGUGCUGAAUUAUGCGCCGGGUCCGCUGGAUACGGACAUGCAGACGGCGAUUAGGGAGGAGAUGCCGGACGUGCCCACGCGUUCCGUGUUCAUAAACAUGCACGAGGAGAAGAAAUUGGUGGCGCCGGAGGUGUCGUCGAGGGUGCUCUUCCAUCUUCUGGAGAAGGAUGAGUUCAAGAACGGCAGUCAUGCGGACAUUUAUGAUGUCGAGGGAUGGGAAAGGUUUCAAUAGCGCAAUGAGUGCGCUCACCAGCGCGCUCGAUUGUCGACCGAUUGCGCUUCGAAGCAUUUGUCUUUUCUUCGAGGAGAUGCCUGAACGGCUUACGCGUGA